AUGCCGCACGCCCCGGCCGUGCCAUCGGCCCCGCCGCCAGCAGAGGUCACAGGCGACCUAAUAGAUUUUUCGGACAGCUCUGACCUGAUUGACCUCAGCGAUCCACCUGUCAUUCCAGUGGAGGAGCUCUUGCCAGAGUUGCCAGACGUACCUCGCUUUGUUGAGGGCGACGGGGAUGACGACCCGCCUGUUAUUCCGGCGGGAAAGCUCUCGCCAGAGUUGCCAGACAUACCCCGCGCCGUUGAGGGCGACAAGGAUGGCGAUGAAGACGCCGCAUCGGAAAAUAAGGCGGCAGAUGCAGAAUCAGACAAAGACGGCCCGCCUGCAAUUUUGGCGGAGGAGCUCUCUCCAGAGUUUCCAGACGUACCUCGCCUUAUUGAGGGCGACGAGGAUGGCGAUGAAGACGCCGCAUCGGAAAAAGAGGCAGCAGAUGCAGAAUCAGACAGAGACGACCAAGAAGAAGGCGUCAAGCGAUGGGUAACCAACGAGGCCCCAAAGCCACGCCGGAUAUCCGAGAAGAAGCGUGCAGAAAAUGCGGCAUUCGCGCUGUGGGUCGAGCAAAAUCAGCAAAAUUUGACCAAAACCGCGAACAAGAUCGUUCUCGACGGCGAGCAAUCUGCUGGCUGGCUGGUCAAAGACUCUGGAAACAAGAAGGUCAUCACGAGCCCUCGCGACUACCAGCUUGAACUCUUUGAGCUGGCCAAAACACAAAACACAAUCGCUGUGCUGGACACAGGAUCCGGCAAGACGCUAAUUGCUGCUUUGCUGUUGCAAUGGACAUUACAGAAUGAGCUCGAAGACCGCGCACAGGAGCUUCCCAAGCGUAUAGCAUUCUUUCUUGUCGACAAGGUGGCACUUGUGUUCCAGCAGCAUGCUUUCUUGACUUGCAACCUGGACUACCCCGUCGAGAAGCUAUGUGGCGAGAUUGUCGACAGUAUCUCGUCGGCCGGGUUUUGGCAGGAGACGCUUGAUAACUAUAUGGCUGUCGUCUGCACUGCCGAUAUACUCUACAGAUGCCUCAACCACUCCUUUCUUCGUAUGGAGCAAAUCAAUCUGCUCGUCUUUGACGAAGCGCACCACACCAAGAAAAACCACCCCUUUGCCCGCAUCAUCAAGGACCACUACGCCCCGAUACUGGAUGUCGCGAAGCGACCGCGAAUUCUAGGAAUGACCGCCUCCCCCGUGGAUGCCCAGGUCGACCCAAAGAGAGCUGCUGCGGAGCUGGAGGCGCUUCUUCACAGCCGGAUAUCCACCGUUUCCAAUCCGGAUGUGCUUAUACAAACCAUUUGCAAGCCAAAGUCGGAGCUUGUGGUCGAAUAUGAAAGCCUGCCCAGGGAUUUCGAGACAGAGUUGCACCGGUCGCUGAAAGUUCUCGUCGGAGAUCAUGAACUGUUCCAGAAACCAUGUGCUUUUAGCAAGAUGGCGGCAGCGGAGCUGGGGGCCUGGGUCUCUGACCGCUACUGGCAACUGUUCUUCAUGGACACAUAUGGCAUGAAGUUGGAGGCAAAGACAGAGCGGAACCUCCUUCGCGAGUAUUCGGCCAAUCAAACCGUAGAUCGACACGUGAAGCAAGUGCAAGAUGCCAGGAAUUUGGUGUUCACUCACGAAUUUCAAAGACCAGCCCUCUCUGAACAUCUUCUGUCAUCAAAAGCCAUAACACUUCACAGAACUCUCCAAGACCAGUUCAACGACGGCGACGUCCACCAACGAUGCAUCGUAUUCGUCAAACAGAGAAAUACGGCCAGUAUGCUGUCAGAUCUGCUGCAACAGUCAGAGAUGCAGAUCCCGGGUGUUCGUGUGGGCAUUCUGACUGGAGGAGGAACAUAUGCAAGCUGUAAAUCGCAAAAUUUUAGCUUCCGCACCCAGGUCCAGACAAUUCGCAAAUUCAAGAACGGCGAUAUCAACUGUUUGUUUGCAACCUCGGUCGCCGAAGAGGGCCUGGACAUUCCCGACUGCAACGUAAUCAUUCGAUUCGACCUCUACGACACCUUGAUUCAGUAUAUACAAUCCCGGGGUCGGGCUCGUCAAGCCGACUCCCAAUAUAUCCACAUGGUCGAGAAAGGCAACAUGAUGCACCGCAAAAAGGUCUAUCAGAACAAGGCCAACGAACUGGUUAUCCGCCAGUUCUGUGUUGCCAUGCCCGAAGAUCGAAAGCUGACGGGCAACAACUUUGACAUGGAGUAUUUCCUGCGGAAGGAACAGAACCAACGGCAGUAUAUUGUUCCAGAAACUGGGGCGAAGCUCAGCUACAAGCAGAGCCUGACCUGUCUUUCCGCCUUCGUCAGCUCUCUGCCACAUCCACCUUCGUCAGCUCUUUAUCCCGAGUACGUGAUUACCUCCGCAUUUAGAGGCUUUCAAUGUGAGGUCAUGUUACCACCGGAAUCACCUAUCAGAAGUGCCAUCGGCAAUGUAUAUGCGAGCAAGGCAGUAGCCAAGUGUUCAGCUGCGUUCGAGAUGUGUCUCGCCUUGAUACGAGGCAAAUAUCUCGACAGCCAUCUUCGUCCUAUAUUCACCAAACAACUUCCUGCGAUGCGGAAUGCCCGUCUGGCAAUUAGCUCUAAGAAGAGAGCACAAUAUGAGAUGCGGGUAAAGCCUGAGAUCUGGUCUGUCCUCGGAAAUCCCGUUGAGCUCUUUGCUAUGGCAUUGACUUUGGCAGAUCCCAAGGCGCUUGGCCGGGCCUCCACGCCGCUUUUGUUGUUGACCCGCCAACCCAUACCGCCAACCCCCAUGUUCCCCUUAUUUUUCGGUUCGAACCGUGCAUCAAACGUUUGCUGUACGCCCGUUCCCGAGUCUUUCAAGCUCAAGGACGACAAACUUGUCCAGGCUCUGACAUCAUUUACCCUGAAAAUCUUCGCUGAUAUAUUCAGCAAGGAGUACGAAGCAUCCGCAGCUGAGCUUCCCUACUACCUGGCUCCAACGCUCAAGGGCCACGCAUUUGACUUCUCAUCGGUAACGGACGUCAGCUCAAUCGUGGACUGGACGGCUAUGGAAUUUGUUCAGGCAAACGAACGGAUCAAGUAUGACUUCAAUGAGCCAGAUGAGUUCUUCCAAAACAAAUAUGUCGCGGACCCGUGGGAUGGAUCACGGAAGUUCUUUGUUAUCAGACGUCGCCACGACUUCAAGCCAACAGACCUCGUCCCAGAGGGGGUUGUAGCCCCAGCCCAUAGAGCCUGGAGAAGGGCAACUCAUAGCAUAAUAAACUACAGCAACAGUCUGGGGUCUAGAUCACGGUCCUGCGUUACUUUCCGGGAGGAUCAGCCUGUCGUGGAAGCCGAACUGUUGCCCAUUAGAAGAGACCUGCUUGACGAAGCUAGCGUAGAUCAUGACCCUGCUGCGAACCGGUGUUUCUUGGUCCUUGAGCCAAUGAGGAUCUCCCCGAUUUCGGUUGACGUAGUGGCCAUGGUCUACAACUUUCCAGCCAUCAUCCACCGGAUCGACUCUAAUCUUGUCGCACUCGAUGCGUGCAGAAUGUUGGGGCUGAGAAUUCGUCCGGAUCUCGCCUUGGAGGCCUUGACAAAGGACAGCGACAACACGAACGAGCACGGUGCCGAAAAGAUCCACUUUCAAGGAGGCAUGGGAAAAAAUUACGAGAGACUGGAAUUUCUCGGCGACGCCUUCCUCAAGAUGGCCACCAGUAUUUCCAUUUUCACGCUCAUGCCUGAUACGAGCGAGUAUGUGUAUCACGUUAAACGGAUGCUGCUCCUUUGCAACAGAAACCUCUUCAACAAUGGACUCGAGGUCAAUCUGGAGCAAUACAUUCGCUCUGUAUCCUUCAACCGACGGCGAUGGUACCCAGAGGGGUUAACGUUGAAGAAGGGAAAGCGAAGCGAAAGCAAACCCCAGCAUACUCUAGGAGACAAAACCAUCGCAGACGUUUGCGAGGCCUUGAUCGGGGCUGCGUAUCUCACCGGUAUGGAAACCGACAGCUUUGACCUUGCCAUUCAAGCAGUUACGACUGUAGUAAAAGAUAAAAACCACGCCAUGCUCACCUGGAACGACUACUACGAGGCAUAUAAGAAACCGGAAUGGCAGACAAUGCCCGAAACUAGCACCCAGAUAGAUAUGGCGAGGAGAUUCCAUCGGCGCCUGGGAUAUGCCUUCAAAUAUCCUCGACUCCUACGGUCGGCGUUUCAGCACCCGACAUACCCCCAGGUAUACGAAAAACUGCCGAGCUAUCAACGGCUCGAGUGGCUCGGUGAUGCACUCCUCGACAUGGCUUGUAUCGACUUCUUAUUUCACCGCUUUCCGGACGCAGACCCGCAGUGGCUUACAGAACACAAGAUGGCAAUGGUGUCGAACCAGUUCCUCGGCUGCCUCGCUGUUAUGUUACAGUUCAACAAGGCGAUAAUGUUUUCCUCUCCGGUUAUCCAAAAACGGCUGGCUGAAUAUGUUGCCGAGAUCAACGACGCCCUGCAGACCGCAAAGGAGGAAGCUGUUGGCGCCGGCAAAUCAGAGUCGGAAUACCUGCGCAACUUCUGGGUCGAAUGCCUGCGACCGCCCAAGUGCCUUCCUGAUGUAUUAGAGGCAUACAUUGGGGCCAUUUUUGUCGAUAGUCACUAUGACUACAGCACUGUGCAAUUAUUCUUCAGGGAACAUGUGCAGCCGUUCUUUGAGGACAUGAGUCUCUAUGACACUUUUGCAAACAAGCAUCCAGUUAACUUCCUUGCGAAACUGAUGCAAACUAGAUUAUACUGCACGAGCUGGCGAGUCCUAGUAAAGGAGCUGAAGGGUGACGACAUCGACGGGGGCGCUGCCGCUGCCGAGCCUUUAGUUGUAUGUGGAGUUCGCGUCCAUGAACAGACGAUCGCCCACACUGUGGGAGUCAGCAGUCGAUAUGCCAAGAUUUCCGCGGCCGAAAAAGCCAUGGAGAUUCUAGAGAAAAUGACGCGGCAGGAGUUUAAAAGGACAUACAGUUGCCAAUGCGUUGUCAAUGAGGACGAGAAAAUAGAAGCGGGGCAGCAUGGCUCCGCCGUCUAA